AUGUCAGUUGAGAAAUACGACGUUGCCGUUGUAGGCCUCGGGGCCCUGGGCAGCUCAGCAGCAUACCAAGCCGCUAUCAAAGGCGCCAAAGUCAUUGGCUUCGAACAGUACGAGUUUGGACACGUGAAGGGCGCAUCCCACGACACAUCUCGCAUUGUGCGCACCUCCUAUGGUGCCCCUGAGUUCAUGGCUCUCGCCCGCUCAGCCUAUAAGGACUGGGCCGAGAUCGAGAGACGGUCUGGCAUGCAGAUGCUCACCAUCACUGGCGGCGUUGUCUUUCUCCCCAAGGACGGACCAAACGGCUCUCACACCUUCACAAGCAGCCUCGGUGCCAACGGCAUCCCAUACGAGCUGUUAAACGCCGCCGAAGCAAACCAUCGGUGGCCUGGUUUCAAUGUUCCGGACAGCGUUGAUACCGUCUACACGCCAGACACGGGCAUUGCGCAUGCGGCCAAAUCAGUCACAACUAUCCAGUACCUCGCUCGCGGUGCCGGUGCCACCUUGAAGGAUCACACCCGGGUCGACGGCGUAAUACCACAAGCUGGCGGCGGCGUCCUCGUCAGGACAUCCAAGGGGGAUUUCUACGCCAAAAAGGCCAUCAUCGCCGCCGACGCCUGGACCAACAAACUCCUCAAACCACUUGGCGUCGAGCUACCCAUUACGGUCAUGCAGGAGCAAGUCACAUACUACAAGCCCAAGCGCGAGCACGAGGCCCGAUUCGAGAGCGACAAGUUCCCCGUCUGGAUCUGGGGCGGUGCCGAUUCGACGGAGAAAUGGUUCUACGGAUUUCCUUUGUACGGCGAGCCAGCACUUAAGGCUGGGCAGGAUGCUGGGCGAAAUGAUAUGACGCCCGAAGAGCGUACUUGGGUUCCGUCAGAGAGAUUGCGUAAGGAGCUGAACACGUUCGUUGACGGUCUUAUUCCCGACCAUGGUGAGGAGCUGCGGACGGUGACCUGCCAAUACACAAUUACUCCCGAUCGGCAGUUCAUUAUCAGCCCGAUGGAGAGGCACAAAGACGUUAUUGUUGCGCUUGGAAAUGCGCAUGCUUUCAAGUUUGCGCCGGCUAUUGGUCGCGUAACUGCUGAGCUGGCACUGGAAGGAAAGACGACGGAUGAUAUUUCGAAAUUCGGGUUCCCUCAACCUACCACAAGCAAGUUGUAA